AGCGGAAGUCGGGUCAUGAACUCGACAAACUUGUCAAACCGUGGCACCUCACAGCUGGAGGUGCGCGAGAACCAACGUGGCAAGAUGAGCCCGCUGUCUCCCCGCCGCAUGACAGUGACAGAAGUGGGGGAAUUCCUGCGUGGCCCUCCGGCGGGAUUCUCCGUGGAGACCAUCGGCUCCCACCACCGAGUCCACAGCGACGAUGACACCAACCUGGUGCUGAUCGACGACUUCCAGUUCUGCAGCGGGAAGAUCACUUUCCAGAACUCGCUGGGAAGAAAAGUCAAGAUGCGCAACUUAUGGGAGUAUAGUCGUGUGCGCCAGAGCCUGUUGACCAAGAGGAUCUAUCUGCUUGUGACCGCCUGCAGCCAAACCCCAUCAGUCACCAAGAAAAAACCAAGAGACCUCAGAGCUGGGAUGCAGUAUGUGGUGUCCAUUGACAGCAGCGAGCCUUUUCUGAAGUGGCAGAUGGAGAGAGGCUUGGACCGGACCAUCUCCUCCGUGGCUGGAGAGAGCUACUGGGUGGAUAUUGACAUAGUGGAAGCUCUGGAAACCUGGACAGCUGAACACCCCAUGAGAACCGAGCCUGUCUGGAGGGACGCCUCCUUCACCCUCAAAUAUGAAUCGGACGCCCUGUUUGACUUCCCACACUGGUUCGGUUAUAGCAAACGGACAUUUAAGCUAAGGGUGACAUGAUGCCACUGUUUUUCAUGGGAAUUGGAGCUGAUGCCUUCAAUAAAAGUUGGUGGAAGGAGUUUUUCCAAAGUUGUUCAUGUCAGGAGACUACCUCCCUACCUUUGAGGACUGCCGUUGGGACUAUAGUCCACACCUACUGAUUGUUGGAGGCACCAAUGCGUAACAAGAACAGAAAAAUAACCUCUGGUUGGUAUGAAGAUGGCUAAAACACUUAUUUUUUUGCACAAAUAGAACCAUUUUUACUAGUAAAUUUACAUUCCGUAAUUUUAUUUUUUUUUACAAUUCAUGGGUGUAAAUUAUUAAUAAAAUGCUUGCACAUUU